UUAUAUUAAUGACGUCAUCCUGUGUUCCCACAGACCUCCAACAGCCAAGUGUCUCCUAUGAGGAAGAAGCUUCUGGCAUUCAACAAGACUUCAGCCUGGCAAACAAGUUCAAUCAUAACGAGAAAGUACAUCAGUGGACUGAAGAGGAACAGAUGGGACUAGAACCAAAAUGGAUUAAAAAAGAAGAGGAUGAGCCAGACCCUACACUGCUCAAACAUGAGGAAUUGGAAUAUCCACUAACUUAUAUAAGAAAAGAGGAGCUAGAUUCUUCAGUGCUUCAACAUGAACAGCAGCCACCAGAACAUUUACCAACUGGACAGGACCAGAAGGACCUCUGCAGCAGUCAGGAGGGAGAGCAGCUUGUCCAGAAGCAGGUUGUUGCUUUGAUUGAGACUUCUACUCUUCAGGGAGAUGAUAUGAGUGAAGAAGAGACAAGAACAGAGCAGCUUUCCCUUCGUGUCUCUCCAGUGGUUGAGAGCAAAGAUCAGGAAGGAAGCAGCUCCUCUGAGUCAGAGAGUCAGUCUGAUAUUGGCACAAAGAAAAAAUCUUACAAAUGUGACAUUUGUGGGAGAUGUUACACACAACGGUGGAAGUUGAAAAACCAUUACAAAACCCACACUGGUGAGAGACCUUUUUCAUGUGAAACAUGUGGAAAAAGUUUCUGUCGAAUUAGUGAUUUGAAAGUCCACAAGAAAAUUCAUACAGGCGAGAGGCCUUUUUCAUGCGAAUUAUGCAGAAAAACUUUCUCACGAAAUAGAGAUUUAAAUGACCAUAAGCGAAUUCAUACAGGGGAGAGACCUUUUUCAUGCGAAUCAUGCAAAAAAAGG